GGUCGAGCCGCAUGGCUGCGGGCUGUGCGGAGUCUCCGCGGCCCAGGGUGGCCCCGGCGAGGCCCGCUGCUGCUCAGGCCGGGGUCCUGCCCUGCUUGGAGCUGCCGAGCUACGCCGCGGCGUGCGCGCUGGUGAGCAGCCGCUACUCGUGCCUGGUGGCCGGCCCGCACCGCAGGCACAUCGCGCUGUCGCCGCGCUACCUGAGCCGGAAGCGCACGGGCAUCCGCGAGCAGCUGGACGCCGAGCUGCUGCGCUACUCCGAGAGCCUUUUAGGUGUCCCUAUUGCAUAUGAUAACAUCAGAGUUGUGGGUGAACUGGGAGAUAUUUAUGAUGACCAAGGACACAUUCACCUUAAUAUUGAAGCAGAUUUUGUUAUUUUCUGCCCUGAGCCAGGGCAGAAGUUAAUGGGCACAGUUAAUAAAGUCUCCUCUAGUCAUAUUGGCUGUCUAGUGCAUGGGUGUUUUAAUGCCUCUAUUCCUAAACCUGAGCAGAUGUCCUAUGAGGAGUGGCAGACCUUGGAGAUAAAUGUAGGCGAUGAGCUGGAAUUUGAUGUAUUUCGCUUAGACUCAGAUUCUGCUGGAGUCUUCUGCAUUCGAGGAAAACUAAAUGCCACAAGUUUGCAGCUUAAGAGCUCUGUAGUUUCUGAAGACGUAGCAGAAACUGGCAUUGAAGAGGUUGCUGAAAAAAUUUCAAAGAAGAAAAAGAAGAAGAAGAAAGACACAGAAGCAGAUGCAGCAGCCAACGGUGUCCCAGAGCUAGCAGAUUGUACAGAUGUCACGCCAAGGGAAGAAACAGACGUACUGUGUGGAGAUCCUGUGAAUGACCUCUGUGAGGAAGAGCCAAGGAAGAAGAAAAAAAAGAAGAAAAGACACCAGGAAGAGCAGGACCCUGCUCUCCAAGCCAGUGACUCCAGUGGCUAUCAGAGUGACCAUAAGAAAAAGAAGAAGAAAAGGAAGCAGAGUGCAGAGAUCGACUCUGUCACCUAAGAGGAGACCGUGACUGCCUUCUCCAGUGUUGACAGACUUACAAUAGUGCUGAUGGACAGAUUCUGUGGAAGGUCGGAAAUGCCGAAAUAUGCGGGACGUUCACAGACACACGAUUGUAAUUGGAGAGUUUUGUACUAAAAUCACACGAGUGACUGUAAACUUUAGAUAAUAGCAGUAUUGUUAAAGUAUGAUUUAUUACAUACAGUAUAAAAUGUUAACACCUGCUUCCACUCCUGUGAUAAAUUAUACGUUCUCAAUAUUUGCCAAAGAACUUUAUAAAUACUUUCAGUUUUUUUCUGAUAAUAAAUUUUGCCUUUAGUCAGAACA